UUCUGGACAUAAUUUUCUGCAUCAUGACAACAUUCUCCAACAAAAAUCUAUUUUGGACUUUUCUGAGGGAAGAAUAGUCCAUCUUAACAGUAAACUACAUAGUACUAGUUUUGAUCAUCAUCAUCACCAUGUUCUAACUUCUAAAUUGUAUCAUUUUUCUAGGAGAAGCACAUAUCAGCUAUGAUCUGCAAAACCAGUUGAAAAUUUGAAGAGCAAAUACAUGAAUUCCAAUAUGGAGGAAACUACUACUCUUCCUCUGAAUAUCUCCCAUGUCAACAAGCCUAUGAUCUUCACCAAUAGGCUACACAUGCUUCUCCACUCUAUUGCUUUGUGCUUCUUAUUCUAUUACAGACUCUGUUACUUCUUUCAAUCUAGAGCAACACCACCAUUAUUGUUACCCUGGAUUCUUGUAUUUUUAUCUGAGAUCAUUCUCUCCUUCAUUUGGAUACUAGGCCAAGCAUAUAGAUGGAACCCAAUUUCAAGAACUGUGUUCCCUCAAAGGCUACCCGAAGAUCAAAAGCUUCCUCAUAUUGAUGUGUUCAUAUGCACUGCAGAUCCUACUAAGGAGCCUACUAUUGAUGUCAUGAACAUUUUGUUAUCAGCCAUGGCACUUGAUUACCCUCCAGAUAAGCUUCAUCUGUAUGUUUUACCUACAAAUUCUUCAAUUUUGUUCAUGUAUGCUUAUAAUUUGUUUAACACAUGUUUGUACUUUUACAACUUGUUUGCAAGGUGGUGGAUUCCCUUCUGCACAAGAUACAGAAUAAGGUGUAGAUGCCCCAAAGCUUACUUUUCUUCUCAAGAGAGUGAUGAUGAUUUUGGCGGGGAUAUGGAGUUUGUUGCACACAGGAAAAUGAUCAAGGAAAAGUAUGAGGUUUUCAAAGAAGACAUGUUAAGAUUUAGAGAAGAUGAGGUUCACUCUGGAGAUGCUACUGGCAUAACAAGUCAAAAUCAUGCAUCUAUCAUUGAGGUGAUACAAGAAGAUAGCAGAGAUGAAAUAGAGCCUGUGAAUUUGCCUAGUCUUGUAUACGUUUCCCGCGAGAAAAAGCCUUCUCAUCCUCACCAUUUCAAAGCUGGAGCACUCAAUGCACUUUAUCGCAUCUCUGCCGUGAUGAGCAAUUCUCCAUACAUUCUAGUGCUGGACUGUGACAUGUUCUGCAGCGAGCCGGAUUCAGUGCGACAAGCACUGUGUUUCCACCUUGAUCCAAAGCUAUCACCUUCCCUUGCAUAUGUGCAAUUCCCACAGAAAUUUCACAACAUAAGCAAGAAUGAUAUAUAUGAUAGUCAGCACAGAUCAGCAUACAAAGUUCUAUGGCAAGGUAUGGAUGGACUUAAGGGGCCUGUGUUGUCUGGCACAGGAUUCUAUAUGAAAAGGGAAGCUCUAUAUGGAAAUUACACAAUCAAAGGCACUGAACUUGAACCCCAACAACAAUUUGGCACAUCCAACAAGUUAAUCAAAUCCUUAAAACAACAGAAUUUCACUCCUGAUUUGAUGAAUGACGGGAAAGCUUUACCUGAUGAAGAGACGCUACUUUUGGCUUCAUGUAACUAUGAAACUAACACUAAAUGGGGUCAAGAGAUUGGAUUCUUGUAUGGUACUGUAUGUGAAGAUGUUCACACUGGAUUCAUGCUGAAUUGCAAUGGUUGGAAUUCAGUUUUUUGUGAUCCAUCUAAGCCACAGUUCCUUGGAAACAGUACAACUAACCUGAAUGAAUUGCUAAUUCAAGGAACAAGAUGGGGUUCUGGUCUACUUGACAUUGGUUCAAGCAGGUUCUGCCCUCUUAUAUAUGGACCUCUAAGGAUGUCCCUACUUCAAAGCCUUUGUGUUGCUGAGCUUACAUAUUUCCCUCUUUAUUGCUUGCCUCUUUGGUGUUUUGCCAUUGUCCCUCAACUUUGUCUACUAUAUGGAUUUUCCCUCUGCCCUAAGGUCUCAGACCCAUUUUUCUUCAUUUUUCUGUUCAUCUUCCUAUCAUCUCUAACAAAACACUUAGUUGAAGUCCUCACAACUGGAGGAACAUUCAGAAAGUGGAUAAUAGAACAAAGGAUAUGGAUGAUGAAAUCAGUCACAUGCCACUUCUAUGGAUUGUUGGAUGCAACACUCAAAAAACUUGGUCUAAGAGAGGGUAGUUUCAUGCCGACCAACAAAGUGGAGGAUCAUGAACAAACCAUGUUGUACCAAAUGGACAAGUAUGAUUUCAGGACAUCAAAAAUGUUCCUUGUUCCAAUGGUUGCAAUCAUAAUCUUCAACAUGAGUUGCUUCUUUGGGGGAAUCUAUAGAGUGGCUUCAGUUGGAAAUUGGAACAGCAUGUUCAUGCAGCUAUUGCUUCCUUGUUAUGUCAUUGUUGUGAAUUAUCCCAUCAUUGAAGGGCUGAUAAGAAAAGACAAAGGAAGCAUUUCAACUUCAGUGAUUAUACUUUCUAACUUUUUGGUAAUUAUUAUUCAUUUUAUACUUUCUCCUCUCCUAAUAUAAGUGUAGUAGGGGAGAAAUUUAGCUUUGACAAUGGAGCCCUUUCAAAGUUUUUAUAAAAGAAUUAGUAGUAUUAUUUUAAAAGUACAA